GAAGGAAUAUAAGAAGAUUGGUUGAAGGAAGGGCAACAGAAGAGAAGGGGAGAGUCCAUAGGCAUAAAAGAGAGAGAAAGUAAGGCACGUUGACGUGUGUUUAAAAAACACAGAUUCAUUCACUCGCAGUCAGUGACUCACUCUCUCAAUAACUAACAACCAUGGACACCGAGGAUCUAACCGACGACCUCCACAGCCUCAGCUUCGCCUCCACCGCCGACAUCAAGCGCAGCACAAGCUUCAGCUCCUCGGCCACCACCGUCACCCCCUCCACCUCCUCCCACUUCCUCCCCUCCGCCAACCCCCACGCGCCCUCCUCCGACCCCUGCAGAGCCUUCGCCAACCGGAUCCGCCCCCUCUCCCUCUCCCACCUCCGCUUCACGCGCCGCCUCGGCUCCGGCGACAUGAGCGCCGUCUACCUCGCCCUCCCCAGGGACGAGGAAGCGCCCUCCGCCGCCCUCUUCGCCGCCAAGGUCAUGGAGAAGGAGGACCUCGCCCGAAGGAACAAGGAAGGCAGAGCCACCACCGAGAGGGAAAUUCUCCAAAUGCUCGACCACCCCUUCUUGCCCACGCUCUACGCUUCAAUCAACGCGCCCAAGUGCCUCUGCUUCCUCACGCCCUUUUGCCCCGGCGGUGACCUUCACGUCCUCCGCCAGCGCUUCCCCAACAAACGCUUCCUCGAGCCCGCCGUCAGAUUCUACGCAUCAGAAGUGUUGUUAGCACUGGAAUACCUGCACAUGUUGGGGAUAAUCUACCGCGACCUGAAGCCGGAAAACGUGUUAAUCAGAUCCGACGGGCACAUCAUGCUGACGGACUUCGACCUGUCUUUAAAAUGCGACGAUUCGACAUCAAGGGCCCAGAUCAUCUCGGAGGAAGCCCCGUCACCGAGCGUGGCACGUGGGAACGAGUGGCACGUGGAGGCAAACCGCGGGAGUUCGUCGUCGUGCAUAAUCCCAAGCUGCAUAGUCCCGACGGCGUCGUGCUUCCAGCCAAAACGCAAGCGCAAGAAGAAGCAAAGGCUGCGUAGUGGGCCUGCCUUCGUGGCGGAGCCGAUGAACGUGCGGUCGAUGUCGUUCGUGGGGACCCACGAGUACCUGGCGCCGGAGAUCGUGUCCGGGGAGGGCCACGGCAGCGGCGUGGACUGGUGGACGCUGGGGAUAUUCAUGUUCGAACUGUUCUACGGCGUGACACCCUUCAAGGGCAUGGACCACGAGCUGACCCUGGCCAACGUGGUGGCUCGAGCCCUGGAGUUUCCGAAGGAACCCGCCGCUUCGGCCUCCAUGAAGGACCUCAUAUCGCAGUUGCUCGUUAAGGACCCCUCCAAGAGACUCGGCUCCCUCAUGGGGGCUUCUGCCAUCAAACAACACUCCUUUUUUAAUGGCGUCAAUUGGGCGUUGCUCAGGUGUGCAACUCCACCCUUUGUUCCACCCCCUCUUUCCAAAGAUCUCUAUCAUCAUGACCAUCAAACUUGUCAAGACAUUUUCAUCGAUUAUUAUUGAUUAAUGGGACUUUUUUAUUCACACACUCAACCCACAUAUCACAUAUAUAUAAUCCUACUAUCAUCAA